UCACGGGGCGACGCAGGCGGCGGUGGGACAGCCCCAGCCGGGGCGGCCGGGGGCUUCAGCGGCGGCGGCGCAUGCGCGCUGCGGCCCGUGAGGCGGCGGUAAGAUGGCGGCGGCGGGACGCAGGGGCAGCCCCUCGCUGUCGGCGGGGGAGGAGGAGCCGCCGCUGGGACUCGACUCGUUCGUCGAGGAGGCGACGGCGGCGCCGAGCGCCGGGUUCCGGCUGACGGUGGUGCGACGGGAGCCGGCGGUGCGGCUGCAGCACGGUGUCAGCGGGCUGGAGCCGCUGGCCUGGUCGGAGGACCACCGGGUGUCGGUGAGCACGGCCCGCAGCAUCGCCGUCCUGGAGCAGCUCAGCGACGUCCACAGCGGCGGGCAGGAGAUGGUCAUCCACCGCACGGCCGUGCCCGCGCCCUCCGCCGCCUGUCUCCUCAAGGUUGGUCCAAAAAAGGAGGUAGCAGAAUGUAAGGAAAAGUUUGCAAGUUCAGCGGAUCCAACGGUUAGUCAAACUUUUAUGCUAGAUCGAGUAUUCAAUCCCGAGGGGAAGUCGUUGCCACCUAUGCGAGGAUUCAAGUAUUCCAGCUGGUCACCGCUGGGCUGUGACGCGAAUGGAAGGUGCCUGCUUGCUGCUUUAACCAUGGACAAUCGAUUGACAAUCCACGCAAACCUCAACAGACUGCAGUGGGUGCAGCUGGUGGACCUGACAGAGAUCUACGGGGAGCGUUUGUAUGAAGCCAGUUACAAACUUUCUAAGGCUGACACUCCCCGCGGAGAACUAGGAGACUUCUCUGAAUUUCAGCGACGGCACAGCAUGCAGACUCCAGUGCGCAUGGAGUGGUCGGGCAUCUGCACCACUCAGCAGGUGAAACACAACAACGAGUGCCGGGAUGUUGGUAGCGUGCUCUUAGCAGUACUCUUUGAAAACAGUAACAUUGCAGUUUGGCAAUUUCAGCUUCCAUUUCUGGGUAAGGAAUCAAUUACCUCUUGCAAUACCAUAGAGUCUGGAAUAAAUUCCCCAAGUGUGUUGUCUUGGUGGGACUAUGAACAUAACAACCGAAAGAUGAGCGGACUUAUUGUAGGGAGUGAUUUUGGACCAGUUAAGAUCCUUCCUGUCAAUCUAAAAGCAGUCAAAGGCUACUUUACACUGAGACAACCUGUAGUCUUAUGGCAAGAAAUGGACCAGUUACCAGUGCAUAGUAUCAAAUGUAUUCCUCUCUACCACCCCUACCAGAAAUGCAGUUGUAGCUUAGUGGUGGCUGCAAGAGGAGCUUAUGUGUUUUGGUGUCUCCUGUUGAUAUCCAAAGCAGGUCUGAAUGUCCAUAAUUCCCACGUGACAGGGCUUCAUUCGUUGCCAAUUGUAUCUUUGACAGCAGACAAACAGAACGGCACGGUGUACACGUGCUCCAGUGAUGGAAAGGUAAGGCAGCUGAUUCCUAUAUUCACAGAUGUUGCUUUAAAGUUUGAGCACCAGCUGAUUAAGCUCUCAGAAGUGUUUGGCUCUGUCAGGACUCACGGAAUAGCUGUUAGCCCAUGUGGUGCAUACUUAGCAAUUAUUACAACAGAGGGCAUGACUAACGGUCUUCACCCGGUUAACAAAAACUACCAAGUUCAGUUUGUAACCCUUAAGACUUUUGAGGAGGCAGCUGCGCAGCUCUUGGAAUCUUCUGUUCAGAACCUUUUCCGGCAAGUGGACUUGACGGAUCUCGUACGCUGGAAAAUUUUGAAGGAUAAGCAUAUUCCUCAAUUCUUACAGGAAGCACUGGAUAAAAAGAUUGAGAGCUGUGGUUCUACUUACUUCUGGCGGUUUAAGCUGUUCCUCCUGAGGAUUUUGUACCAGUCAAUGCAGAAAGCUCCCUCGGAGGUCAUGUGGAGACCCUCGCAUGAGGAUGCAAAAAUCUUGAUAUCAGAUUCCCCUGGGAUGGGCAGCACUGAAGACGAUCAAGAGGAAGGAACUUCUAAACAAGCCAGCAAGCAGAGCCUAUGUGACACAGGCAAAGGUACAGACGUAGAUGACACUGCAGAUGAUUCUCUUCAUCAGUCAAGUGAUGUAGGAGGCCGCGAGCCAAUGGAAGAAAAGCUUCUUGAAAUACAGGCACAAAUUGAGGCAGUAGAAAUGCACUUGACACGAGAACACAUGAAACGGGUGUUGGGAGAAGUUUAUCUGCACACAUGGAUUACAGAAAACACCAGUAUUCCCACCAGAGGAGUCUGUGACUUCUUAAUGUCUGAUGAUGGCUAUGAUGACAGAACAGCACGAGUGCUGAUUGGGCAUAUCUUAAAGAAAAUGAACAAACAGACUUUUCCAGAGCACUGCAGCUUGUGUAAAGAGAUCUUGCCAUUCACUGAUCGCAAACAGGCAGUCUGUUCCAACGGACAUAUUUGGCUCAGGUGCUUUCUAACCUACCAGUCCUGUCAAAGUUUGGAAUACAGGAGGUGUUUGCUUCAUGACAGCAUCGCACGGCAUCCAACCCCAGAAGAUCCUGAAUGGAUCAAGAGGUUAUUGCAAGGACCUUGCACGUUUUGUGAUUCUCCCGUGUUCUAGAGAAGAGCUAUGUAAAGAUUGAAAUUAUUUUCUCUGCUGCAUAAGCUCCCUUCAGUCUGGAAGGAUAUCGAGCAUGGGAAUAGACUUUACUGGAGGGGGAAGAUGUUAUCCAUGCCCUUGUAAAUAGAACACAGGAGGUUCUAGAAACUCCUUAAGUCCAGAGCUACUUCCAUGCUCCAGAAACAGGAGUACAUCUAGAAGAGCAAGUUUAUAAACCGGCUUGGAAACGUACCCCAUUGACACAGCAGCAGCUGGAUACACUUCCUUUUACCGAAAAGGAACUGAAGUCUUAAGCGUGCAGCGUGAACUGUCCUUUCUGCCUGACAACUGUGUGAUUUCCCAAAAGGACAGGACUAUGUGAUUUCCCUGGGACAGGAACAGCGGAGCUGCCUCUUGAAUGGUCUUGGUGGGUAGAGAAGGCUUCGGCUUGUGGUGCGCUCUCGUUUGCUUUUUAACAAGCACUGGCACUUGCUGCAGAAUAUUAAACUAUCAAAAUAAUUUGUGGUUCUAAUUUCUUGCAGAGUGAAGCGUAUGCCAGUUACAGCCAUAUGAGAGAAAUUGGCCGUUACAUUAGUUUCACUUAAAGUCUAGAAGAAUAGCUGCCUCUCAACUGUUUUAACAGUAUUGCAGUCAGAAGGGUAAUAUUGGCUGCCCGAGUCAAAUAUGGAUCAGUAAGAAUAAUUUUUAAAUGUAAUAAUUAUUAAACUAAUAGCAAUAGAUUAAACACUAAUAUAUAUAUAAAAAUAUUUCCAAUGGUCUUAAAUCUCUUGCCCCACUUUCUUUUUCUGAACUAAGUUCUAACCACUUCCUAGCUUUUGCCAACGUACAUGCCUUUCAUUUCACUUGACCCUCUACCCACAGGAAUCAUCUUUUUCAGUAUAACUCAGUUACCAAAAACAUUACCAAUUUACCUUAUUUUCAAUUGAAUGGAGAGUCUCUCUCAUAGAGAAGUCUGACACACAAGGAAUCGCUCCCAGCUGACAGAGUCUCUUUUAAUAAAAAUGCAAUAAAAAUCCCCAAGCCCAAACCCCACCAUGGCUAAAAUGUUACAGGUGAAAUAUAACCCUUGUAUAACCCUUUCUCAUCAAGAGAUUCAUAAAUAUGCCAAUGAUGUAGCAUGGCUGAGCCCAGAAAUUUAUUCUGCCUUCUAACUGUCCUAUCAGGAAAAAACCCCAUCUUUCUCUCUUUGGCAUCUAGUUCCUAUGGGGAGCAGGAGAAUCCUUUUCAACUUCCUAUGCAGUGUUAGAGGAGUAAUACCUCCAAAAUGUGUAUGGUUAUUUGGUACAAUUUGUCUCGUUGGCUUAAAUCCAUGUUGUCAAAUAAUCCAAAGUUAAUGUAUUUGCUUUCUUCAGAAUACCAAUUUGGACACUUGGAUGUGUUGCCCUGUUUGUGAUUCAUGACACUUCUAAUUGUGUGUGAAGUCCUCUGUAGCUAUUUGAGAAAUCAAGGAAUUGUCCUGACAGGAUCAGUUUCCAACUAUGCAUGUGUGGAUUGGUGCUUAACUUUCCUUGACGUAAUGACUAUGCAUAUUUUCUUAACCUUCCUUCACCUUUAGUAGGAGCAAAUUUUUGCUUCAGCUGACAUGAAAACAAGUCAGCUGUCCUUACUAUUCAGAGUUUCAUGCAUAAAGCAUGAUAGUGCUGUGACUGAGAAUAAUAUUAAUAUAGUAGCCUAGAACAGCAGAAGCACAUUCAUCUGUAAAAUAAUUAGCCCUGUUUGUAAAUACCCUUGGAAGUGAUACCAUAAUUGUAUUAAAGAAAUGUUUAGUUUUUUAUUGUUGUGCAUUGAAAAUUGAAAUUACUUCACUGUGUCUGCAAAGAAAGAAAAUGUAGAUCAUGAUAGCAUCUAGUAAAACAAAGAGUAACCUUGAUAACUAAUGUGUGCGUAGUUUGGGGCCAGGUACUGUACCUGGGGCAGCAUCUAUCUUCUUGCCAGUGUUGAUGGGGUUUGGGGGAACAGAACAUCAGUUUCCAGUUUCCAGCUGAACAGGUUUAUUCAUGGUGGUAGGAAAAAUGUUUUAAGUGGAAGCUGCAAGUCCUUGUCCAGGCAGUCCUGACCAGUUCAUCAGCGAGUGUUCCAAUUCAGAAAUUCACCUGACUAUGGAAAAGGUGAGAGUGUGUCCAGAACCAUGUGUAAAUGCUUUAAAAAAAAAAGUCAACAUUUAUUUGAUACUGGCUUAGAAACCAUAAUAAUAUCCUGAUCUGCUAAAGCGUUUAAGUCUGGCUGACCAAAAGGCUCAACAUGAUAUCACUAGAUUAACUCCUGGUGAAUACUUCUAGCAGUUACCUUGAUUUUCCCUGGAUUGAAUUUUAAUGCUUUAGACAUGUAGGAGCUCUAGUACACCUAGCAUUGUUAGUUUUCCUUGUCUUUCAAGGCAGUAGAUACUCAGUAUACCAUUGCCAGUUUAUUUAAUCUGAUUUAUGACUGCUGGGAUAAUGGAAUUUUAAAGCCAACGAUGCUGGCUUUGUCUGCAUGCCAGUGGAGAUCCUUUAGCACAAAGCUUUCACUUCUCACCCUGACCCAUUCGCAACAGGCAAAGAGGUAUUGCGAUUUAAUUUUUUUUUUUAAACUAUCACUGGUUCCUACAUGUUUUUUUAACUAGCAUAGGCUUGAAUAGCAUAGCACACCUCAGACCAGUAAUGUGUAACCUCUGAUGUUGAUCUUACUGGAUUUUUCUGCCCAGCUGAGACAUCCUCCUUCAGGAAACCUUUUACUGGUCUUGGACGCCAUUCUGGGAACGUGGACAUUAGUCCCAUUCCUGUUGGAGUACCGUAACAACCUGCAGGGCUGCAGCAGCACCUUGACGUGUUAUCCCUCGUGUCGUCCUAAUCAAACCCCUCACUUUGAUCCCACGCAGGGAAGGUGAGUGGCUGAGGGAGGUACGAGCACCUGCUGCCAGAUCCCCAUGCUAUUUUGCCAUUAACAGAACUGCCUUCUCAAGCUGAUACGUAGUCGAGCUAUCCAACAGUAAGGCCCAAUCUGUUUUGGGACACCAAGUGAAGUAUUCAAAGAAUAAAUCCCACAAAAUCAGAGUUUCUCUUGCUAAGUUUUUGCCCUAAGUUUUGCAAGAUAUCCCAAGCAAGUGAAUAGCAGAAGGCUCUCCUCAACCGCUUCGCCAUUUAGUGGUAAACACUCUGGCUGUUCAUGGUGCCUCACCUCCAGAGGAAGAGUAAUGCUUCAGCAGAGGGACUAAGCUGUUGUUGAUGCAGUGCUGCUUUUUUUUUUUUUUAAAGAAUUGUGGUACUUGCUCUUGCAUCUGAUAAUUAAUAGAUGCUGUGUUCUGUGUCUGAAGCUAAUGUGUCAUUGUCCUCGAUAAGUAGCUUCUGACAGCAUUUAAGAUUGAAAUGCUCAUGCUGCUCAUGCUGAUAAACUUAUCCCUCCUUCACUAGGCUGAAGAAACCCAAGUUCACUGGGUAAGCAGAACAGCUCUGGACUGCACAGCUUGUUAGUGCCUUGGUGCUACGUGCCGUUGUUUGAACUGAGGUCAAAGUUUGGGGUCACGAGGACUCUGUCUUGGGUCUCCAAGCUACACCUCCUGCUCUAGAGCUGGUGGCAGCAGAACUCAUUGCUGCCUUUUACCUUAAUUCAGCGAUGGGUUGGGGACUUCAGCAUUCAAUCAUCCUUUCCUUUUGUAUGUUCCCCCAUCCUAUUAAUCCCAUUGUAUAUUUCUAGAGAGGAAAUAUUAUGGUUGCUAAUGCAUACAUACAGGCAAUAAAUAUUUCCCUUAUUUUCUUAAACUUACCAGGUUUUCCACUGGCUAAUGUAUCAUCAGUGAUUAUGGGCAGCAGAACACCAUUUAUUCUAUCCUCAUUAAGGGUUUCUUGACAUAAAAGAACUGAACGCAAACAUUUAUAGUCCUAGUUAAAGGCUAACAAAUCACACUUGUGCUGUUGUGCCCUAAACUAACAUUUACGGGAGACUUGUUUGUACCAGUUUAAUUUCUGAAACAUAGAGCCCUUCCCUCAUGACUUGCCCAGUCUGCGAGGCAGCGGACAGCCUUGCAGGUGCAACUGCUGGAGUCUCAGUUGCCAUCUCCAGGUAGGGUGUCAGGGAGAGAGCCCAUCCCUUCUCUGAGGACUCCGAGUAAUGAAUUCUUUCUGGCAGUCACCUUGUAAGCAUGUAGUUACUAGCAGUCCAAUAUUUAAUAAUAUAAUAAACUUCAAAUUUGUUACUGCAAAAUGUUAGUUCAUGUUUUUGCAGCUGGAAGUAAGGGCAAUAGCAGUCUUAGCCUCAAAGCGUGGGUAGUCGUGGCAAAAGUCAGACUUCAAGUAAGCAUCUAAACUAACUGGAAGAAGGCGUUGCUAGGCUCUCAGUAAACAGAGGUGAAAUGCUCAAAGUAGUUACCAAUACCAUGUCUGUCCUCAUCGCCCUCUUGUAUUCCCUUUUGAAGUUUCUGUAUCAGGCCUGUAAACGCACAAUUACGCUGGUUAUACUCCAGACUUACAUCGAAGUGGGUGGGGUUUAACCAGAACUGGUACCAGCGUCAGCGUGGAGAUGCCCGAUAGUUUGCAGCUCCGCUGGGGAAUACCAGGUUGGAAAGCUGCUUUUUUCCCCUCCAUGUGAGUAAACAGGGAGAGCUUGAGCCUGGCUCUACUCCUCUGGAGUCCUGUCCUACCUGUUAAGGUUCCUGCACCUUCAGAGUCGAGCCUUCUCUUGGAAGUCUCGAUCCAGGGUAGCUUUUCACAACUUGUAGAGGUCAGCGUGCGUGUACAGUGAUGGAGGGAGGGCCUUGGGUAGGUAGUCUCACUUCAGUUUCUGCCUGUGUUAAUCUUUGGCUAUGCUCAGUCCUAACUCGUACUUUACACUGGAGAUGUUCCCAGACCCUUGGUGUCACUUGGAAUAUUCUUAUUCUGUCACUAAUUUUUAACGCUAACUCAGAUUUUAGCACCCUUCGCUCAAAAGACCUGGAACUUCUGCUGCUCUGUCAUGGUCUGGGCAGUGACCUCAGGAGCGUCACAGCUGCCUGCGGAUGAGGUAUCAUCGUUGCCACGCAGCCGGUACGCAAGGCACUUACUGCAUUAACGACACUACGGUUCGGGGAGGAAGCGGAGUAAUUCCGUGUGCUGUCUUAGGCUGCGGCUGCAUCCACCCAAAUGUGAAUGUUUGGAGCACCUUCGUCACAGGAGGACUCCGGCACUGCUGAGCCCUGCAGCAUUCUUAUUUAACACAAAACUAGGGGGCCAGCCCUGAAAAGGGAAAACCCGCGAGCCAUCCAAGUGAAACUGUUCAGAGCAGAGUUUAAUUGCUCCGCUGAUCUAGCUGAUCUCUUGGUGCUACUUUAAUUCCGUUAUGGGGUGUGAGUGUUGUAGCUGGUCACCAGGCUGCACGAAAAGCAAAGCUGAGUUUUUAAUCUUUAGUUUCUGGAUUUUUCCUUUGAGGCUUCGCUCAUGGGAGGGUCUGACAACAUUGCUGUGAAUACUGAUGCUGUGUAUAUGGCACAUUUUGUAAACAUGAAGCAAACCUGGAUGAAUGUUUUGUAUACUGCGACAGUAGCAUUGUAAUCCUGCUCCUUUUUUAUUCUAAAUAAAUAAAGUACUUGUUUGUAAUGCC